UGUGACAGAUGUUAGUUUAUUUUUAGCUUUAUUCUGAAGCUGAUUCAAUUCUUAUUUGAAUAUCCGUGUAGUGGCCUUGUAAAAUGAGUGACCCAAAAAACCGAUCGGAAUGCGCGGAGCAAAAGUUAAGUGCAGAAGAACAGCAAAUGCAGGAAAAAGUUGACCCAUUGAAUUCAUCGAAUGAUACACUAGAUUCGCCGAAAAAUGAGAAAAAUUCAUCUGUAACUGCUGUUUUGAGAAAACCAUUGAAUCAACAAUCACGAUCACAAAUUUUCAAGCUGACCAUCGAUUGUUUCGAGGAAAUUUUCGAGUAUUUAUCUAUGAAAGAUUUGCACAGCUUCGGCCAAACAUGCAAGACAAUACAACAAAUUGUCGGUGGAUAUUUUCGACAAAGUCAUUGGGCAGCUGAAACGUUCAUUGAAAAUGACGGCAUUUCGGUUUUUUAUGCUGAUAACGAAGGUGCUAUAAAUGAUCGGAUGCUCACCACAGUAUUCAAUGCAUUUAUCACCAAUAUCUCGUACAGUGGCGUAUUAAAAGAACCACUUUUUUACAUCGAAUCGCAUUGCGAGGAAUUCAAAUCGGUGAAUUACAUUUACCUCGAGUCCCUUAUGUUGCAGAACACAGAAUUAAAGCAUUUCAAACACCUUCUGCCCAACAUUGAAACCAUACAAAUCAGAAAUUGUACCAUUGAUGGUGAUUUCCACGAUAUUCUUCUGAAUUUUUGUCCAAAAAUGAAGCGUCUUUAUCUGCAAGACUCGCAUCUCGGAAAUAAAUGGCUACAACAGAGCUACCCAAUGCUCGAGUACUUGGAAUUGAAUCCAAUUCCAGCUCUAGCGACUCCAAAUGAACUUGAUCACUUUUUUGAUCAAAAUCCAACGGUAAAGAUCUGUUCGACUAGUGCAUAUUCACUGUGGCUAAAUCGACAUACAAUUUUAGAAUCCAAAAUAAAGCUAGACGUUCUGGAAGUAAAAAUUUAUGGAUAUUACACGGUUGUCACCAAUGUUGGCGGUAAUAAAAACGAAGCUAAUGGUGGUAAUAAUGAUGAUGACGACGACGACUACAACGAUGACGAAGAUAAUGAGAUCCCCGACAGUGAGGAUGAAUCAGACCAAGAUACAUUGACAAUACAGUCGUUAUGCACACUGUUAAACCAACUACAUGGACGAUUUUUUAAAAGAUUGCAUUUUUAUAUGCCAAAGGUUACUCAGAAAAACAGUGACUAUGUGAUAAAAUUGCAGGGACUCGAGAAAUUGUGUAUACAACAGUUCAGUGAGAGCUAUAGCUUGGCCCAUUUGAUAGGUUUGAAAGAAUUGGCCAUUUUGGAUGGUGCCAAUCCAAAUGACAUGGAAAUUCUGGCAAAUAACUAUGUUAAUCUUCAAUAUCUUUACAUGAGAAAUGUAACAUACGAUGCACUUUUACCUUUCAUUCGUCGAUCAACGAAGUUGAAAUGUGUCAAAUUGUUUCCGAAAGAUAAAUCGAGCUUCAACGGAGAUUUUCUCAACAUUGUGCAGUUGAAUGAAGAACGAGUGAAGCUGGAAAAAGCACGAAAAGUCAUCAUUUACGUUCCAGACAAUGUCUUUUUGACAUCGAAAUGGACGCUCAGUAAUGGCGAUACAAAUUUGCAACUAAUUGAAAUGAAGCGAUCUGAUUCGCAGGAAUGGAAUCAUCAUUAUUGAAUUUGAAGACUUGGCUUUAGCAUCAAUUCGUAGAAUAGCAUUUGUUCUUCUUUUUUGUAGAAGGUUUUAGAUUGUGAAUCAUUUUUAUUAAAACUGUAUUUCAAUCA